AUGCAAUUGUCCAAAGCCUUCCUCUUGUCAGCCGUCCUUGUCCUUGCCCUUAUCCAAACCGCUUAUGCUAGUGUGUACUCGCAAUUGCACUUUAUGAAGGUCAUCGAGCCCAAGGAUGGUCAAGACAUUAGAGCUGGUGAAAAGCUCAGAGUUAAAUACUCCAUGCAACCUCUUAUUGAUGAGCAAACCGCUAUGGGCAGAGCAUUGAAGUUGGAUAUCAACUUCCAUCGCAGAACCGGUAACCAAAAGCAACAACAAAUCGGUGCCAUCCACAAGAGCUGCCCUGUCACUGCCAAGAACGACAAGUACGUUGUCCACACCAAGGAAUGGACCAUCCCCAAGAACACCAAGCCCGGAUCUUACGCUGUUGACUUUGUCGAACUUGUCCAAUUCAGACGCACUCAAAUCACCGCCACCGAGACCAUCAAGGUCAACGUUGUCGAUUAG